AUGCAAAUGCUGUUGCUGCUCACACUAGUGACUCUCCUCGAAACGCUCUCUUCCGUAAAUGGCUCGGAAACUCCACUGAACGAGAAGGAAACUUUUGUGACGCUCAAUAGUAUGUACACCAAUGACCUGGUUUGGAGCGAUGAGUUGGCCGAAAAGGCGUUGGAUUUUCUCAAGUCACCGGAUCACCGGGAUAGAAUAAAAGCCGAUCUGAUCGUCGGAGGACGAGGUCUCGUUGCUGAUGCGAAUGACAAGUUAGUUUGGCAAAAAAUACUCGACGUUUUAGAAAUCCAUUUCGACGAAAAGGAAGCAGAGCUCGAACGUCUUCCCCCAGGCACAUUAUACGGAUGCAACGGCUAUAUGAGCACAAGGAGCACGAAGGACGACUACGUGUCUGCCGUCUGUCUCUAUAGACUGGAGAGAGUUAUGGUCGUCUCUUUCCCUCAAUAA